AUGUCUACCGAAGAAGAAGCCGUCCGACGCCGUAUGACACUCGCCGACUAUCGAAAGAAGCUCUAUUUGGCUACAAGGCGGAAAUUAGGGUUUGUUCUUGAGCAAAGACAACGGAUUACUUAUGGUUUCACUGAGGAAGCAACUGCUCUCCUCAAAUGGAAAGCAACUUUCCAAAACCAGAAUAAUACCUUAUUGGCUUCAUGGAAACUAAGUCCUGUUGGUUCCAAGAAUUCUUCCAGCGUCGGAGCGAAAGGUUCUGAUGCAUGCAGGGGCUGGUAUGGAGUUACAUGCUUAAAUGGUAGGGUCAACAGGUUGAAUAUUACAAAUGCUAGUGUUGUUGGCACACUCUAUGAGUUUCCAUUUUCAUCUCUCCCUUUUCUUGAAUAUGUUGAUCUUAGCGUGAACCAGCUCUCUGGCACCAUACCACCCGAAAUAGGUAAACUCACUAAUCUAGUUUAUCUUGACUUGUCGAUCAACCAGAUUUCGGGCACAAUCCCACCACAAAUCGGGUCACUAAGAAAGCUUAAGACCCUUCAUAUUGUUGACAACCAAUUAAAUGGUUCUAUUCCAGCAGAAAUAGGCAACCUAAG